UAUGAAUCUUUUCAAAUGGUUAUUUAUGAUUGUGAACUCUCAUAUUUGGUUUAUUCAUUAGGUGGCAUAGUAUCUCCAUCUAAUCCUCUGUAUAAAGAGGGCGAACUCACAUUCCAAUUUGUUGAUUCCGGCGCAUCUAUAAUAUUUGCACAUCCAAACUAUCUUGAUGUCGUUGUUGAAGCAGCAGAAAAUGCCAAGAUUCCAAAAUCUAAAAUUUUUUUGUUUGGAGAAAAAGAAGUCGACGGAUUUCAACCUUACUGUUCAUUAAUCGGUGACCAUGAAAUUGAGCCUGUCUCAUAUACAUCCGAAGAAGCUAGAACGACGAUUGCAUUCCUGUGUUACAGCUCUGGAACUACUGGAAAACCAAAAGGAGUAGAAACUACCCAUACAAAUAUUGUUGCAAAUGUGGCGCAGAUUACUGCCGUGGAUAAUUCUAGAAUGGACGAUAUCUUUAUGGGAGUUUUGAAUCCUAUUGCAAAAAAUUACGACAUCUCAAGUUUGAGAAUGUUAAUCAGUUCUGCAGCUCCGUUAAGCAAAUCGAUGGGUGAAAAAUUUUAUAAUAUUCUUAAAAUACCGAUUAAACAAGGUUAUGGGCUUACUGAAAUGUCGCCAGCAACUCAUGUGUGCAAGUCGGAUAACAUUGUUGCUGGAUCAGUUGGUGGUCUCCUUCCUAAUAUAGAAGCUAAGAUAAUAUCGGAAGAAGGGCGUGAAUUAGGGUGUAACGAAAGUGGAGAGCUAUGUGUUCGCGGCCCAAAUGUCAUGAAGGGUUACCUUAAUAAUGAAGAAGCCACAAAAGCUUCCAUUGAUGAAGAUGGAUUUUUACAUACAGGAGAUAUCGCUUAUGUUGACGAUAAUAGGUUACCAAGUGGCACCAUCCGACUAGAAGAAAUUUUACUUACUCAUCCUGCAGUAGCUGAUUCAGCAGUUGUAGGAUAUUAUUCUACGUCAGAUUUAACUGAAUUUCCGACUGCUUACGUUGUAACACAACCUGGAUAUGAACAAACACCAGAUCUAUCAAAAAAUAUUCAACAAUAUAUAAGUGAUAGAGUAGCUCCACAGAAGAAAUUAAGAGGUGGUGUCGUAUUUAUUGAUCAAAUACCAAAAAGUUCAGCAGGAAAAAUUUUAAGAAAAAUUUUGAGAGAUAGACUAAAGACUGAGUUUGUUUAUCCCGUAGAUGAUAAAUUAUAA